AAUAAUAAUAAUAGGGCCUCCAACACGGCUGUUCCGUAUUUUCAUACAACAAUUUUCUUGCUUCUGUCUGGUUGCUGCUCUCGUCUUUAGGAAGUGUUGGUGGACGGCCGGUGCCCGCCUGCCUGCCAGCCGUCCCACUCAGCGCAGGAAGCGAUCCCUUCCCCCGGCGAGUUCGUCAGGAAACGGAACCAAAAGCUUCACUGCCAUUAGUGAUGGCGGAUGUGCACGAAGCGGACGCGAUGAAGAAUUUCCACGGGGGUUUCGAUCGGAUAGACGCGGAUAUGUGCCGCUUCCCAUAUUGCAUCGUGUGGACUCCCAUUCCGGUGCUGUCGUAUUUACUGCCUUUCAUUGGGCACAUGGGAAUCUGCACGUCUACUGGUGUGAUCCGAGACUUUGCUGGACCUUAUUUUGUGUCGGUAAGAAGUGACUGCAGAUGUGAGGUUUUGUCCAAAGCGUUUUUCCCCCAACAUAACCUGUGCUGUGACAACUGCCAUUCACACGUGGCCAUGGCCCUGAACCUAAUGCGCUAUGACAACAGCACCUCCUGGAACAUGGUGAAGCUGUGCAUCCUGUUCACAAUCUACAGCAAGCACAUCAGUUGUGUCAGUUUUCUGAAAACCUGGCUGCCCUUCGUGCUUGUGCUGGGGAUUGUCCUGACUGUGGCCUUGGCUCUGAACAUGCGGUGAGGAGGGGGCAGCUCUUGACACUGAAGGUGGGACAGCAGGCCUGGCUCAUGUGGAAUGCAAACCGAACACACGACGGCCUUCCUGUAGCUGAAGACCCCUCUCCGGACCUGGCAUUGUAACCCAUCUCUGCACUUUCCAGCGUUGUACUCUCGGUUGGAUUUCCUUGUCCUUUUUUGUUAAAGCAGUCUCUUACUAACGGAAGCCGAAGAGGAAAGAAAACAAAGGCAGACAAGCGAGAUGUAAGUUGCAGCGGAGGGGGUGGUUUGUGCAGUCUGGACUUGGGGAUUGCAUUCCCUUCAACAGCGGCGGAAGGGAUUCGACUCCCAGAUUGUCCCGUGAUGCACGCCUGAGCUGUGGAGCAGGGUGGGCGGACAGGCUGGGAAUGGGAAUGGGACAAAGGGGUGGGGGGGUAGGUGGAAGAGCCUGAUCAAUCAGAGCAAGUGGAUGAUUUGCCCUCCGCCAGCAAGGAUGAGCCAGGCCCCCUGUGUAACAAGCUUCUCCAUUAUCUUCUCGCUUCCUGGGUUUUGUCAUUAUCUGGAUCAUCUGCCUCAGAACUACAUCUGUUGUCAGACACACCGUACUUUCUCCUGUUUUUUCUUGGGCGGGAGCCAGUCAAUUUUAUCUAAUAGUUCUGUUUUAUUUGUCCUCCCUCUGCAGGAUGCAUUAUUUUGUUUGAUUGCUCACCUGUGGUUUACUCUGUAUUAUUUGACUUUUCAGGACACAUGAUUCUGGGGUGCGACAAUAUCUAAACAACAAAGAAGUGAAACAUCUCGUCAGAACUGAGUAGCUGAAGUAUCUGUUCUAGUUACCAGAGUCCCUGCAGGCAUAUGAUAGUUGGUGUUAAGUGCUGUGUAAAAUUCACUCUAAACCAAAAGCUUAAUAAUUGCAGCUGAAUUGCACUGUAACAUCUGGGAUGCUUCUUGUGUGUUUAUUCCUGACAGUCUUUAAGGAUAUUGCUGGCAUCUUGAGAUGCAUAUGACUUUCUUGUCUUGCAGGUUCAAUAUUUCAAUAUUAAUUCACACUUUGAAUAUAAAAAAUAUUUAAAUAAAAA